CGCGCGGAGAAUAAAAAAGCAAAUAAGUGCGAUAAACAAGGGUUGCACGCUCUCCGCGUGGGCAACGGUGCUGCGCGGCAACCUCUAUCUCUUUUUCUAUAAAAAACCUUCUAAUUUCAAGCUCUUCCUUUCAACUCCAAUUCCAACGGAUCUCAACUCCCAUUUCUAGCUCCCUCCCUCCCUCUGCUUUUCUUCUCUUCUCAUUUUCCUUCGAACCUCCUAAUCUCUCCCUCCAGCUUCUGGGUUCUCCAUUUUCCCUCGUUUUCUGCAUCUGCAUUUCGUAGAUUCAGUUCUCAUCGGAAAAUGGACGUUCACCGAAGACCCAUUCCUUCUUCCGGCGAACACCGAGAAACCCAGAAGCUGAAGACCACCACCACCACCACCACCGAUUCGAAAUCGCAAUCGCAGGCGCUUCUGCCUCUCUACCUCACCAACGCCCUCUUCUUCGGGGUGUUCUUCUCCGUCGCGUACUUCCUCCUCCACCGCUGGCGCGAGAAGAUCCGCACCGCCACUCCCCUCCACGCCGUCAGCCCCGCCGAGACCGCCGCCAUAGUCUCCCUCGUCGCCUCCGCCGUCUACCUCCUCGGCUUCUUCGGCGUUGCCUCCCGCGCCUCCCUCGACGAGCUAUCCGACGACGAGAUCAUCCUCAAGGAGGACUCCCGCGCCCUGGGCCCAUGCCCCGCGGCGCUGGCGGACUCCUCCUGCCUGCUCCCCAACAAAAUUCAAAACCAAUUCCCUCUAUCACCCAAGGCCAUCCACAGCGUGACGAAGGAACCACAAGUGGACAGCCCAGUCCCCAUCUCCUCGUUCUCGGAUGAGGACGAGGAGAUCGUACAAGCCGUAGUGUCGGGCUCCAUUCCAUCCUACUCACUCGAGUCGCGGCUCGGCGACACACGCCGGGCCACGGCCAUCAGGCAUGAGGUGGUGCAGAGGCUGACUUCCCGAUCCCUGUCAGGUUUACCCCUGGAAGGUUUCAACUACGACUCAAUAUUGGGGCAGUGCUGUGAGAUGCCGAUAGGGUUCGUGCAGAUCCCCGUGGGAGUAGCGGGACCACUGUUGUUGGACGGGAAGGAGUACACCGUGCCCAUGGCCACCACUGAAGGGUGUCUCGUUGCGAGCACCAACAGAGGGUGCAAAGCUAUCCACGUCUCCGGUGGGGCAUCCUCGGUGUUGCUCAGAGAUGGCAUGACCAGAGCACCCGUUGUUCGGUUACCCUCCGCUCAGCGCGCCGCGCAGUUGAAGUUCUUCUUGGAGGAUCCUCUCAACUUCGAUUCGCUUGCUGUCGUUUUCAAUAAGUCAAGCAGAUUUGCCAGGUUGCAGAACAUUCAGUGUGCUAUUGCGGGCAAGAAUCUGUACAUGAGAUUCCGAUGCAGCACUGGUGAUGCCAUGGGGAUGAACAUGGUGUCAAAAGGUGUUCAAAAUGUUCUUGAUUUUCUUCAGGAUGACUUCCCUGAUAUGGAUGUUAUUGGAAUCUCUGGCAAUUUCUGUUCGGACAAGAAAGCCGCAGCCGUGAAUUGGAUUGAAGGGCGUGGCAAGUCUGUGGUGUGUGAGGCCAUAAUUAAGGAGGAUGUUGUGAAGAAGGUGUUGAAAACCAGUGUGGAGGCCCUGGUCGAACUUAAUAUGCUCAAAAACCUUACGGGCUCAGCCAUGGCUGGUGCUCUUGGUGGGUUCAAUGCUCAUGCUAGCAAUAUUGUGUCUGCUAUCUACAUUGCCACUGGUCAGGAUCCUGCCCAGAAUGUGGAGAGUUCUCACUGCAUCACCAUGAUGGAAGCUAUCAAUGAUGGCAAGGACCUUCACGUUUCGGUGACCAUGCCCUCCAUUGAGGUUGGUACUGUUGGAGGCGGCACACAACUCGCAUCUCAGUCAGCAUGUCUUAAUUUACUUGGUGUCAAGGGUGCCAAUAAAGAAUCUCCCGGUGCAAAUUCUAGGCUACUGGCCACCAUUGUAGCCGGUUCAGUCCUAGCUGGGGAACUAUCACUCAUGUCUGCAAUUGCAGCUGGACAACUUGUUAAGAGCCACAUGAAAUACAACAGAUCUAGCAGGGAUAUAUCUACAAUUGUCCAAUGAGCUGGCCAAAGUACAAUUAACUUGUGUUAGAGACUAAUAAGCGAAUCAUCAGAUAACGACAAAAAUAACUAAAAAAAUUGGUAUUGAUGGUGGGAGGGGGUAAAAUAAAGUGAUGAUUGGCAUCUUCCAUGAGCAAAUCCAGCUCCCCAGAAGCAUGUGGUUGGUUGGUUGGCAUUCAUUGAAUAUUGGCUUCGCAUGAGGCAUUUUCUGUUAUGGAGAUUGUACAGAGGGACUUGAAUUAGAGGGUGGAGGUAAACAGGAGCCUCACUUUUGGGAUUAGAGUUCUCUUUGUUUUCCAAAAAAGGGAAAAUCAGUUUGUGUGUUGUGUUAUCCUCUUGUUUAAGGCUUACUGCUUCAGUGAUGUGGUAUUUUGGCGUGUUGUAUUUUUAUGUGUUGUAAUCUCCAUCUUGUUAAUUUGUAAUUGUAGCAAGAGAUGUCUCCCAUUGGGAUGUAGAGUUGUUAAUAAUAGUUUCUGGUUGCUCAGCAUA